AUGUUAACGUACCUGUUGGUUCCCACAAGGUACUGGUACCCUGUUCCCUUUACCCCAUUCAAAGCAACUACUACAUCUGAAUUCAGCAACUACACCUAUGUGGUAUGUAGCAUUGUCCUCACAGCUUGAAAGACAGCCAGCCAAUGCAGGAAAUACAGAGCCUGAUGUAAAACCUACUAUACGUGUAUAUAUGACAGCAUACACAUAGAACAGCCAAAUAAUUUUCACUUGGUGUCUUGUAGCAGGUAUCCUUGUUGGAACUUUUCUUCCACAAGUUAACCUUGUGCUGUCCAUGUUACUAUUCAAGUGCCUCUGUCACCUGUGACAGCCUAUGUGCCAUCAUAUAGCACAAAAAAAGCCUAUAUAUUGUGCUGAUACUUUUUAGAUCUGUACAGCCAUUUUUUAAAAAUUUUUAAUUAAAAUGAAUUUAAAGAAGACUUCACAUGAUCUUGGCAGCCUCGUUUUUGCACUCCUAAAUUUAACUAUGUAAGACAAUGAGCCAAUGGCUUGAGAACCAACCAGAAAUGAUUAAAACUUGUCUGGCGAGUAUGCGUUUUUAUAUUCUUAAUAGUGAUAAUGAAUUAGUGGGUAUACUAAUGUGUAAGCCUGGGUACGUCUGCUGUAGAUUCAGAUCCAAAUGUUGGCAAUCCUUGCCAAAAAGCAAUGUGUGAAAUGUGAAUCGCCAGCAACGUGACCAAAUUAGCAACAGGCACUAAAAACAGUUUACUAAAAACAGAAUAGUCAGGAUGUCCUACCUAAACACAUUCAAAGCUGGAGGUCAGAAAGUAUCCUUGGAAAGCUGGCAGUGAGUAUAUGAAAUGCCUGGCAGUGUUUAAACCUUUAUAAUGUUGGCUACUGUGAGAAAUGCCAGGGUGAUAGUGACAGGCUGUUAGCUGAACAAGCUCAAUGUAUAUUAAAACAGCAGCACUUGCAUGCCAGCUUUAUGAGAGUAAAUAAAAUGUUUGUUACAUUCAGUAUAAUUUAUAAAAUAUUAAAGGGACACUAUAGUCACCAGAACAACGACAUAUUUUUGUAUUUGUAAUGGUGACUAUAGUCAGCCUUUGCCGGCUUUUUGCAGUUUUCAGAGAAAAUGCAGUGUUUACAUUACAGCCUAGGAACUCCACUGGCCAAACCACAGAUGGCUGCUGUAGAUGCUUCCAUGCACCCUCUGCAAGGAGACACUGAACUUUCCUCAUGGAGAUAUUGAUUCAAUACAUCUCUAUGAAGAGAUGAUAAUUGGCCAGGGCUAUGUUUGACUUGUGCUGGCUCUGCCACGAUCUGCCCACUUGAAAGUCUCAGCCAAUCCUAUGGGAAAGCAUUGUGAUUGGUUUAAAACAUCACUUCUGGUGAUGUGCGCCAUGCAGGCAGAUUAGGGGCAGAGGCAACAGCUGCAGACUGUAAAACAAGUAAGAUUUUACUAUAUUUAGGGAGGCAAGGGGGGUAGAUGGUGGUUUUAACACUAUAGGGUCAGGAAUACAUGUUUAUGUUCCUGACCCUAUACUGUACUGUUCCUUUCAUUAAAAGUAUGAGUGCAUGUCUGAGUCUAUCAUGAUCAACAAUGUAAUGUAAUUUUAUUUUAAAUCAUCAAUAUGUGUAAUAUACUUGUCCAAAUGCAAAUUUUACUAGGGUUCACCGCGAUCCCCUUAUUUACAUUACUGUGCCCCUCUAUUAAUACAUCCAAUAUUUCAUAACAGUUCUUUAUCCUUGCUUCUUCAGCAGAUGAGUAAGAAGAGGAGUGAGAAGAAAGGAGGUGAACUCAGGACAGGUAUGUUAAUGAGCAUGUUGAAGGAAUUAAGUGGAUACUUGUUUAUUAACGCAAAAGUUAACAAUCACGUUUAUGCAGGACUGAAUUUUCAAGGGGAAGAGAAAUGUAGCAGAUAACUGGCAUAGUUGUGUAAUAUACGCCUGCCUUAUUGCAGGUGACAUUGCACACAGUGAGGUCAUGUCAUCGCACUCCCUGCUUGCACUUUCUUGUUGAAUGAUUGGAUUUGUUUUCUUAUAAUUUCUAACAAUUCUGUUAGGCAUGUCAUGGUAUAAUGACAAUAAGAUUAAAGGGACCUGUCAUGCCUCAAACAAUUUAUACUCAGAUUGAGCAUACUAUACAUUGUGCUGGCAGUUUUGAUAGCAAAUGUACAGAUUAGGAGAAUUUUUUUUUUUUUUUUUCCGCAGCUUUCAUUCAAUGCCUUGGCGUGCCGAGGCAUUGACGGACAAGGAGAGUUAUUUGUCCUUCUGCACUCCUCGCAUUUUAAUCACAGCACCGUGGUUGUUGUAGAAACUCCCCAGUGGUAUCUAGUAUAGGAAUGUAGUGAUGAGGAGAUUUGCCCUUCUUGGAGAUGCGUUCCAAGUAGGGUAAAUAAAAGAAGAGACUAGGUGAAGAGGAGCAGAAGUGAAGGAAGGCCCGAAGUUGGUGUUACACGAAGAGUAACACCCAUAAAGCAGCAAUGGAAAGGAGGAAAGAUAAGCAAAUCAAUAUAUUUUACAAUGAAUACACUAUGUGUCCUUGUGAUAUAUGAUGUAUUCAAUGUAUAAGCAAGCAAUUUCAGGCAAGUUAAUUUUUUAUUCAUUUUUUUAAAUAUAAUUUUGAUUAAGUGACAUUUUUCAUUACAGGUUCACUUUAAGACGAAUAUGGUACAUGUAUGCAGUAUCAAAAUAAAGAUGGAGGGCAUUAUAAGUAUACCUUAUAUAGAUGCAGAGGGCUUUCAUAGCCAUCCAAAAGAAAGGGCUUAGGAAAGUCUACUGGGCAGUGGGACAAUGCCAUUUGUUGUGUACAUUGUAGGGGGUAGGAACAGAGUAACAUAUAGAGAGAGUCAUCACAAGACAUGAUAGAAAUCAGGGGAGGGAAUUAGCUUUAUAGCCAAGGUAAUGUAUGAGGGAGGGUGAAUGUUUUACUGAAUAAUCUGUAAUAGAGUAUUCUAACCAAAUGAAUACAAAGCACUUAUUUAUCACAAAUCUGAUGACCAAUUUAUUCAGGUUGCUCUCAAGGGAUGGACAUCUCAUAAAGUAGAACUUCAGUUAUAUAAUUUUCUCCAUCAAAGUAAAAUAAAAAUGCAUACAUGCUUGAAGUAUAGCCCUAAAUUAAAAGAUUAUGCACAGAAAUGUUAUACGUGUAUAGGCAUGCAAUAAACCUGUGCUGAACCUCAACAUUUUAUGAUUCUGUGUAAGCUGUUAGAAGUUUAAAAAUGAUGUAAUCAGCAAGACCUACUAUGAACAUUCAAAGCUGAACAAAAUAAACAAAUGACAUUACCGUAAAUGUAAAAAAGACUAGAUAGUACAUGUGCAAGAAAAAAAUGUAAAACAUCCCUCUAUCUCUCUGAAGCAGCAGGAUGCAAUGUAGUACAAUUUCACAUCGAAUUACUGAAAUUAAUAGGAUGAGUCAACAGAACCAGCCAUGACAAUGAGGAGAUAUGCACGAGAAGAAUAAGCCUUGUCUCAAUCAUUUUUCAGAUUGGAUUUCUCCCCAGGAGAUAUGGAGUCAGACGGGUGAUGAGCUAAAAGGCAAGUUGCUAAGCUACUUGCCCUCUUACUUGUUGUCUCUGUCACCUUCAAGGUUGUUUAUUACCAUGCAGCACUACGGGGAGAUUGAAGAAGCGAAGAUGGCUUUCUGUCUUUUGACCAGGAAAAGAAAAGAUACUUUAUUUUAUUUUAAUAGAAAUUGUCAGUUUUCCUGGCUCAUCUUUUCAAUUUGCGUUUUAUUUUAUUGUUAAUUUAAUUAUCUGAUUGCCAUGUUGCUGAACAUUGUCAUAGUCUGUUGUGGUCCAUCCCUUGUACUGAAAAAGAAACUCUGUUGUACUGAGAGAAGAAACUCUGUAGUAACACACCAUGAACCCUUCAUAAUACAAUUAUAAUCACUCAGUCAUCAAAUAUUUUUCUGCUCAUAUACCUCACUCAUAAAAUAUUUUCUGAUUACAUUUUUUUGAAUAAGGUAUUUCUAUCUAACUUGGACUUACUUUAGGGUGCAUGUAAUGCGUACACAAGAAAUUGUGACAGUUCUUUUAACGUUACUUAUACAUAGAAACAGAUUGCCAGAUCUUUAAGUUCUUGUUAUUAAC